AUGGAGCCCACGGUCAGGGAGUCGCCAAAUAUGCCAAACAACGGGGUUGGCAAACCUAAGAGCACCGAUAGGUGGCUGAGCGUAGGGUAUGCCCAGAAACUCAUCUAUUUCUUUAUCCAGCACUUUAAUGUAUACGUGUCAACAUUGCAAUCAAUUGCACAUCGCACCAGAGACAAAAGGAUCCAAGUGAUCAAGGAGUUUUACUGUAGUAUAUGCACCGACACCUACCCCAUAGACCGGUGGGUGUCAUGCGGUUGUGACCAUAGAUUUUGCGCCGACUGUAUGACCGGACACCUGACGAUUAAAAUUAACGAGAGUCAAUUGGAGGGCGUGGCGUGCCCAGGGUACCGGUGCUCACGUCCAGCGCCCCACCACCUUGUUAAGAAAUUGGAUCCAGACACUACUAUGUAUGAGCGAUACGUAACAUUAUCUCUAAAAACUUGGAUUAGGGACGCACCGGAUGUUGACUAUUGCCCCAAGUGUGAUCAAAUUGUGCAAGGUGUUGACGGAAGUGCUACAUGCAACACGUGCAUGCUCACAUUUUGUCCCAAAUGUAAAAGGUCAUAUCAUGGCAGUGUAGAUUGUGAGCAAGCUGAAAGGGAUCGUGAUGAAAAUGUGCUAUCUGAAAAUACUAUUAAGCGAACUACCAAACCAUGUCCCGGGUGCAAAGCGCCUGUUGAGAAAAUUUCCGGUUGCGAUCAUAUGAUCUGUCACAAAUGCAAAAAUCAAUAUUGCUGGCUAUGCUUGGUUAUCAUGGAAAAAAAUCGCACCAGGGACAAUAGGAUCCAAGUGAUCAAGGAGUUUUACUGUAGUAUAUGCACCGACACCUACCCCAUAGACCGGUGGGUGUCAUGCGGUUGUGACCAUAGAUUUUGCGCCGACUGUAUGACCGGACACCUGACGACUAAAAUUAACGAGAGCCAAUUGGAGGGAGUGGCGUGCCCAGGGUACCGAUGCUCACGUCCAGCACCGCACCACCUUGUUAAAAAGUUGGAUCCAGAUAAUACUAUGUAUGAGGGAUACGUAACUUUAUCAUUAAAGACUUGGAUUAGGGACGCACCCGAUGUUGAUUAUUGCCCCAGGUGUGAUCAAAUAGUGCAGGGUGUUGUGGGCAGGGCGACAUGCAACACAUUUGAACAAUAA